ACCCACAAGUCAGCAGAAGAAUAAUUAUUUCACGAGAAGAAGGGACAGAAAGUGUGCAUGCUGAUGGUUAAAGGGAGCUCAAAAAUUGGGUCCAUAGCGAGCAGAUGUCAAAAGGGUGGAUUUCAGCGCCAACUACGAUCCAGAAUGACGGGGAAAGAAGUUGACGAUAACAGCGCGGAAGACGGCACAUUCGUGUCCGGUGUUGUUGAGGGGUUCUAUGGUAAACCAUGGAGCACAGAUCAAAGAAAGCUGCUUUUUUGCAUGGAUGAACAAAAUGGGGUUGAACACAUACAUGUAUGCCCCCAAAGAUGACUGUAAACAUAGGGCUUUCUGGAGAGAACUGUAUUCUGUUGAAGAAGCUGAUCAUCUUACAAAUCUGGUUGAAGCUGCACAUCAGAACAAUGUGAAUUUUGUCUAUGCCAUCUCACCUGGUCUAGACAUCACAUUCUCCAGCACAAAAGAUAUUACAUGCCUUAAAAGGAAACUGGAACAGGUUUCAACAUUCGGUUGUAAAGCAUUUGCCAUCUUAUUUGAUGACAUUGAUCCUGAAAUAAGUGAAGCAGAUCGAAGUGUGUUCCCGUCAUCAGCCUUUGCUCAAGCUUCGGUUACAAAUGAAGUAUAUGAGCAUUUGGGCCAACCAAAGUUUUUAUUCUGUCCUACAGAAUAUUGUGCUUCCAGAGCAAUACCAAAUGUGUUAAACUCAGACUACCUAACAACUAUAGGUAGCAAACUGCUGCCUGGGAUCAAUGUCAUGUGGACAGGACCUAAAGUGAUCAGCAAGAAACUCAGUAUUCAGUCAUUGGAAGAAGUUGCUUCUGUGUUGAAGCGCCCACCUGUGAUAUGGGACAAUAUUCAUGCCAAUGAUUAUGAUCCAAGAAGGAUAUUCCUUGGGCCAUAUGAUGGACGGUCGCCUGAAAUCAUUCCAUACCUGAGGGGUGUGAUGACAAAUCCAAACACUGAAUUUGAAGCUAAUUUCAUAGCGUGUCACACAUUGGCACAGUGGUGCAAGUCCAACGUGGACGGAGUGAAAAAAGAUAUCAUAUCAGGUGACAGAUUAAGUCCUGUGGCGUCUGACAUAAAGCUGGAGACAGAAAGUGAUUUCAGUUCAGAUGAGGACAUUCCAACAAGGUUUGACACUCGCUACCAGCCCAGGCAGGCACUGAAGAUAGCUGUUAGCGAGUGGUUGGUGGAGUUCUCUGCAAGACGCCUCCCUCCUAAGCGCCCCUCCCCACCUAUGAUGCCCAUGUCCAAUGUUGUGGUCAGCACAUGUACAGCAUUAACACCAACAACAACAACAUUUGAAUCUGAAGACAAAAAUGUUUCAUUACCAAUCCCUCCAUUAAAUUCCAUGGAUUCCAACAUGGCUGAAGUGGACAAUGUAUCUUACAUGCAGCCUUCAAUGAAUCCUGUGAACAGUCUUGUUGAGGUGCCCAUAUCUGAUACAGAAUUUGUGGCUGACAAUUCAGAACUUGAACCCAUGGAUUGUGUUCCAACAGGGGUUAGUGCAAUACCUUCAAAUGUCCAUAGUAUUCCCAAAAACGAAUCGUCAGAAUCUCUGAUGCAGAUAGAAGUGACUGCUUUGGAAAAGACAGGAGAAAGAAACAGUACAGACAUUACAAAUUGUGAAGAGGUUGUGGAAACAUCUAAUGGAGUUGAAUUUACAUCAAGUGGUAAUCUUACCCAUGAGAACAUUUCAUUGCUUGUGGACUUGUUCUACACACCUUUUGAAUACGGGUCCAGGGGUUGUGAAAUGAUGCAGGAUCUGUACUGGCUUAGGGCAAAUGCUCAUGUAAUCUCAAGUGCAAAUGGUGCAAAGAAAAUCAAAGAUCAGGUGACACACUGGUUUGAAGUUGCUAAGAGGUUUGAGGAUAGUGUUGGAGCUGUGUUGGAGUUGUAUGAUCGCCUUGUGGCCAUGCCCAACAGGUCUCUUUUGUCUGACAUCUUCCCAUAUCUGUGGGAUCUUCGAGGAGUACUACAAACAUGCUGUGCUUAUGUCAAGUGGAUGGGAGGUGGUCGAGUUCCAUACAUGGCUGUGUGUCACUUGCAAGGAUCUCUAACAUGGCUUACAAAAGGCUAUAAGGAGGCAUUCGUUAGCGGAGACCAAGAACCCUGGGUCUUUCGAGGCGGUCUGCAGGCAGAGUUCCAACGAAUGUUGCCGAUUGACACUGCUCAUGAUCUAUUCUUCAUGACUGCCCCUGACACUUUUGUCAAGAAACAAUAUGUCUAUAGACCUUACCAUCCUAAUGAUAAGGAUCAAGUGUACAAAGUGUGUCUGAAGACUUGUGAUGAUGGCAUGGAUGGCACAGAUGUCUUUCCAGAUAAUCCACAACUCAUGGGAGACAGGUUGCUGGGAGGCCUGGUCACGAACAGCCAUGAAUACUGCUUUGUCGUCGAGGAUGAAGAAGGAAUCUGUGGCUAUGCCCUUUGUGCUCUAGACAGCAAGCAGCUACACCAAAAGACCAAGAUUGCUUGGAUUCCCUCCAUGUGCCAGAAAUACCCCAAACCUGACAAAGAUGAUCUUUCACCAGCAGAUGAGCUGAUCCUAAGUUUUCACAAUGAGCAGCAGAUGAUCCCAGAGGUUCUUUACAAACGGUAUCCAUCAUUACUGCGUGUUGAUGUCCUGCCAAACCGAAUCGAGGACCCUGCAGUUCCUAAAAGACUUCUUGCCUGUGCCCUUUGUGCUGUAAAAACCAGUGGUUCCAUUGGUGUGCACUGUGAACUAACAGUAGGAGAUAAAUACAUGAUGGACUGCUACGCAAAACUGGGUUUCGUACCAAUAACAGGACCAGACUGUAUGUCCGAUGAUGCUAUCUUUCUUGGACGGAUUAUUUGAACUGUGAUAACUGUAAUGGCAUUAAGGCAGGGUAUUGCCUUCCAUGGACAAAUGAUGGUUUGCUGCCAUACAUUUGGCAUUCUACACGAUAUAACACCUUCCCUGAAAGGAACUUAAGCCAGUAUCAACAAUUCCCAUUGAAAAGGGAGUGAUUGGUCUUAUGCUUCGAUGCUGGGCUUCAACGAAGUGUUUUAUCAUGUGCAAAUUGCAUCACUGACUCAAAGAAUAGAUCUGACUUGAUGAAGUCUUCUUGGGAUAUUAUUUUUGCAAAAGAAUCUUUUCUUUUGUGUAUAUUUUGAGAAUAGCUGUGCUUAUCUAGUUUGAUUUGCAUCUGAAGAAAUAAGAAUGUGAGUCAUUUCUCUGAAGAGUUAAGCAUGAUUUCAAAGUACACUGCAUAAAGUCUCGUGUGAUAUGAGUGCUAUGGUCUCAAGAAAAUAUCACCAUCAGUAUACUCAAACUUUAGUUAACUGUCAGUAUUUGCAAGAAGUGAGAUUCUGUAGUGCCACAAUUAACGUUAAAUUUAAUUUCCAUAAAGGACAUUCUAUGUUUAGAUAUAAUUGUUCAUUUUGAUUGAGGAAAGCACUGUUAAGGAAUGCCUGAAUACUAUUAUAUUCACUUGCUUACAAGCCGUAACUCAUUCAGUCUAAAAACAUUAUAUUGCUCUGUUAAUGUCUUGAUUUUAUAACAUUAGUGAAUUGAUAUAUUGAUGUGAAGCUUUGUGUUUGAAGUUUUACAAAGACUAAAGGGGUGAAGUUAUUGUUGAUGGUAUUUUCUUAGUCCUAUUUAUGUAUGUGAUAAUCUCCGACAGCAGCCAAGCUGCCAUGUUUGUUACCCUGUUGUGUUGCCCAGUCUGGCUGACUACAUACACUACCAAGUAGUUAAUGUGGCCAAACAAUGAAACAGUGUUGUAAGUAAUGUACACUUAACUUUAUUAUUGACUUGGCUGUGGAUCAAAGAAAUAAAAUGAUGAAAGAUAA